GAACUAAAAAUAUAUAUAAGUAAUAUUAAAUAUGUAUGCCUGUGUCGGCUCAAUAGUGCUGAUAUGAUGAUAAUAUCUCAAACAGUUAUGGUAAAGCACAAAUAACUCACAUAUUUCAUCUCUGGUCAAUAAUCGAGUAUCAAAUGGCUGAAAAAUUAAUAUGCAAACUACAAAAAUCAUAAUACCUACAAAUUUAUUUAAAAAGGGAGGCCGCAACAUUUAAUAUUGUUAUCAAACUAAACAAGUUUUGAAUUGGUAGAAUCUUGCAUUUAUUGACGGUGGUUUCUGUAUCGCAUUUAACAUGGAUACCAAGAAGGAUAUAGUGACAUCACAAGCAAGUGGCACUACAUUGCGACGUCCGAUUCAAAUUGUGAAAAAACGCUCUGGUCCGUUAGAUGAUGCACUAAAAGAGCUAUAUCAGGAGCUAAGUGAUGCAUCCGCUACGAUUGGCACGACAGCGUCGACGGCAACACAAGCGGCUUUUACAGUUUGGCAACCAUCUUCAAGAGAUACCAGUUUGAAAUUUCCCUCAUUCACAGUGACCGCAGCAUCACCACAAUUAGCACGUCGUCGUCCAACAAUCAAAGAGAAAGAGAAAAAACGGGAACGUUGGUUACUUACACGUAAAACUUGGAAAUAUAUGACUGAUGCUGGUCGUAAGCUUAUACCGGAAGGAGCACAAAACUGUAAAGAAGAUAUAGCUAAGAUUGAAGCAAAUUUUCAACAGAUUUGUUCCAACGAACCCCGUUUUAUAUUGUGGCGUCGGAAGUCUUCUUAUCCAGGAGCCGUGCGAAAUUCGAAACAACGUUUGAAACAUUUAUUGCAACAUACCGGGCAAAAGGGAUCAAAUACAAUAGAAGCAAUAGAACAGGAAGAAGCACACAAUGCUGAUCAAGUAAUCGAUCUUUUGCAGUCUUUUUUAAAGCUUGACGAAAUGUGUAAAACUACGACAUUACUCAGCUCAAAGACUGUCCGGCCAGAUCAGACAGCUUCGCCAAGUGCUCGUCGUCCUGAUAGCCGGACGUUACGGACUAACAGCGGCAAUAUAACUUCACGUGGUCCUAAUUUUUUUGCACUACAACUUCCUAACGAUUUACAACAACUAAAUGAAAUCGAUGAACUGCUUGAACGAUUACGAAGAAUUUCUCGUAGUGCGAGAGUAAAUGAAUUUACAAUACCACCAAAUGAUAUUACUCCAGCUAUUCUUCAGGAUAAGGUUUUACUUAAACAAAUAUAUAAUUCUCUUAAAAAACAACAGUUACAUCGUGUUUUGAGUACACAUUCCACACCGUCAAUAAAGGCUACACGACCGAAUAUAAGGCAUUCUUCAUCAUUGUCUAGUUUACAGAAUUUUGGUGAUAACGUUAAUAGAGUUGUUAAGUUUGGAGGUAGUACUAAAGAUCAGAAUUUGAAUUUAGAACCUUCCAAUCAAGAAACUAUCAUUCAAUUGAGAAAAACCUCUACAAAACUAACGAUACCAUCAGCGUCAAUAACUGGAGCAGUACCAAAAAAUCAACUCCUUUCAAUCCCAAAGGACACUAGUAUCAAACCUAUGCCUCCUACGCCAGCGCCUCGCACACGUAAGCCACCAAAUGCACUCAAUCUACCAGCUUUAAACAAAAACAGCACAAAUAACGUACCUUUAAGACAUGUGAAACAGCCUCAGGCUGUGAAGUAUUUUAAUUCUUGUGGAACUCAAACUAACUUUGUCCCUUUGCAAGAAAUUAAACGUUUAGCAGAAGAAUAUAAGAAUUUGAAACAGGAAGAGGCUUCAUUGAAGGCUUUAUUAAGUUGCACGCCUAGCGCCACUGAUGAUGAGAUGGAGAAAGGCGCCAGUUCUACAACAACUACAAGCCCUCAACACCAUCAUCGUCGCAAGAGUUCAAUAGAUAAUGAAGAUAUUUCACAAUCCGUAAGUGAUACGAUUAAGCGAUAUUUGCGUAUGGCCCGAAAGAAGAGCGUCAAUGAUGAUAACUCUAAUCGAUUUAAGCGUGUUAAUUACGAUCGUAAUUUACGAAAUAUAAAAGCGAAGGGCGAAAUUAAUCCACCUGGUAUGGAUGAAGACAAUUCGAAAGCUGUACAAACGUUGGACGCAUGGCCCGUGAUUUGUUUAGACUUUAUACGUGGUAAAGAAACAUAUAGUAUCUUAGAGAGAGCUCAUGCCGAAUGGCAGCGGGCACUAGAUGAACGUAUUCAAAAAAAGCUGGAAUACGACCAAAAGAUCUGUUUAAACAAUGCCACAUCGAUACCGGCAUUAUCAAGUUGUGGUUCCUCAUCUGCACCGACAUCGCCAACAUCUCCUGUAACUUUCAGUGGAGCUAUCCAUAAUUUAGAGGCUCGUCAAGCGAACCACGGAAUUGGAAGCAGCAUGGGAAGCCUUCGUCACGUUGGAUCACAGUUUUUAUCAAAUUUAUGGCACGGAACUAGUAGUAGUGCAGCAGCAACUCCUGAUGAUGAAGAUACUGGCAACAGUAGUGCUGAAAGAAAUGUUCCAAAUCAUUCUAGCAGCUUUUUAAAAUUCCAUCGAAGUUCAAAAUACGAUCACAGUCCAAUAAUGAAUGACUCUGCUGCGAAGGGUGCAAGUUUGAGCACAACAAUGCAAAAGUCAAAAUCAUCUUCCAAUGUCGGACAAUUUGUCACACGUAAAAUACUUAAAAGCCGUUCGAAAAGUCAGUCACGACCGAACACUCAAGCAUCAGUUUCGAAAUGGGCGCCAGCGGAAAAGUGCAGUUGGACUUCAGAGAACGGCGAUUUUAUUGUAAUACAAGAUUCAUGCUUGCAAAAUCUGACUGACAUUGAAGCGAAAAUUUUACAACGUGUUGCGAUUGAAAAGAUAAACGAACUUAAUAUUGGAGUUAAUGUCUUAUUAAAUAGUAAACCACAGAAGCGAAGGGUUCUGGCCAAGAAGAAAGCGAUGACUACCAGUUUCUUUGAUGUUAGUAAAAAAGAGGACCAAAAGCAAGGUGGACCCGGUUUAUUUGGUAACUCCUUGGAAUGGUGUGUCAUCAAUGAUAAGAAACGGGGAAACAACUUGAAGGCAUCAACUGAUCGUGGUUCGCGCAACUCAUUAGCAGCACUAUUUCGUGGUGGUAGUUCGAAUGCGGUAACAAAUAAAUUGGAUGAAAAUGUGCGGUCUUAUGAAAGCUUGCCCUCGAGCACAUUUUCUUUGGUAACUUCGCUUAGUAGUGAUAACAAUUGUCAUAGUGGCCGAGCGAGCAGUACCAAAUCGAGCACCGGUUAUUUUGGCAACCUGUCAUCAAUGCAGAAGCAGAUUUCACGCAGCCAAUCUGAUAUAAGGCGUCAUAGUCAAGAGUUAGACCUGCAGGAUCCAUCUUAUUUUAAGGAGCAGAGUGAAAUAGCCAAUCAAAAUGCUUUGCAAGUGCCUACUUUCAUAACAUCUUGCAUAAAAUAUCUUGAAGAGCACGGAUUACACAAGGUUGGACUAUUUCGUGUGAGCACAUCCAAGAAGCGAGUUAAACAGAUGCGUGAGGACUUUGACAAGAAUGCUGUCACUGAUAUUCGUGAGGGAACUUGCCCUCACGAUGUUGCAACGUUGAUAAAGGAAUUCUUGCGCGAUCUCCCAGAGCCGUUGUUGUGCAGCGGUCUGUAUAAAGCAUUUUUAGAAACUCAAAGAAUACGUAACCGUCGCUUACAGUUAGAAGCAAUAUCCCAUUUAGUCAAACUGCUUCCAGCGGCUCAUCGUGAUACCCUCUAUGUCUUAUUUAAGUUUUUAGCAAGGGUUGCGUCCUGCUCCGACGACGUUAUUGGUCACGAUGGUAAUGUACAAGUCUGCGGUAACAAAAUGGAUAGCAACAAUCUAGCAACUGUUUUUGCACCUAACAUUCUGCGUACAAAUUUAUCUAACACCUCUUCGUCAGAUGUAGUAACGUGUGGAAACAGCAUUGAACAAGAGUCUAUGAAUGAUGCUAUAAAUGUAGUAAGAAUUAUGAUUGAUCAUUAUGAAGAAAUCUUCAAGGUGCCGGCCGAACUAAUUGAUAUUGUAUACUCCCAUAUGCUGGACGCGUGUCCGGAGAAGCUUUAUAGUAUAUGCGAGCAACGCAUACAGAGUAUAAGUAAUAUAGGCAAUUCUUGGUCUUCGUUAAACAAUAGUGAGCAAAGCUUAUCACCAAUGACCACAACUUCUGCUUCCAAUGUAUCUUCCUCUAUUGUCGGCAGUGUGGUAGGUGUUUGUCCAAGUACGUUGCCAUCCUUGAAUACAAUUGCGAAACGUCUGUACACACGUGAGUCUGUCAUGCAUGACAAUGAUGCAUGUCGUUUGACAGAAGCAGCAACAAAUGGGUCGGAUGAUGGAAAACGGAGCUCGAAUAUGCAUUCAAGUCGUCACUCUAUGACACAAAAGUUACGGCAAAAUGGUCGUAAGGGUAAUAUUACAAACUCUGACAUGGUGGAGCGACGACAAUCUUCACCAAAUAUAUUAGGUAAAGCAGCUAUUUUAUCAGCAAGCUUACAAAUUCAAGUACCUGGUGCCCAGGCAGGUCAUUUAAAAUUAACAGGCACCACACCGCAAAAGAAAACAAAAUCAAUACUGAACGAAAAAAUAGCGUAUGAUUUGGAUGACAUUACUACGGGUGUAUCGAAUUCUUUGUCCUCGCAUCGAAUGGACCAUUUCGAUUAUUCAGAUAUUUCGUAUCUUGAAAAAGCAACAAAAAACCAAGAAAUGAAACAUGUACAUCAAUAUAUUCCAAUCGCCGGAUCAUUGUCCAUUUCAACCAAAAUUGAAAGAUCCACAAGUGAUUAUCGACCAGUUCAGAUAGUGCAGGAACGAAAACAGCAUCAAAUUCAUAAUAAUCGACCAAACUAUUUACGACUGCAGUCUACAACACAAGCAUUACUAACAGCUCCGACUCAAUACGCCUCUGUCGAACCGGAAGAGUCCCUUAAACAAUCAAUCGGUGAUAUUUCGAACCCGAAUACAUACGAUUCAUUACUUAGGAGGAACACAGAAAAUCUUGUACAUAAAUCACCAGCGAGCAUUUCCAAUAUUGGCGGCGUGAUACUGCGGUCGAAAACCGCUGAUUUUGAGAAUGUAUACACUAAUAAACAGCAUCAACAGAAGCAGCUCCAAUCGCAAGAAAUGGAACGAUCGCCUAUUCAAGAUGCAACAGUUUCCUUAACAACAACAAGUAACGCGAAUCUUUAUAAACGACAGGAACUAAUAAAGAGUGCCAAAUAUGGCAGCGAAAAAAAAUAGACAUAGUAGUGUUGAGAUUGAAACCUUGAAAUCUGUUGAAAGGUAUGCAUCAAGAGAAUUGUGUACCCUAUUGAUAAUUACUCUCCUAUUAGAAUGAUUCUAAAUAACCGUGAAGAAAUUUCACUACUCAGGAAAUAUAGUAUUAAGAGGUUACAUGGUUUUCCUCGAGCCAAAAACGGCCUAGUUUCAAUGUUAUUUUCGAACUUUUUAUUAUUCCAAAGAUUCGUUGUGUUGACAGCAGAACUUCUUACAGGAUCAUCAAAAGUAAAAAGAAAAAAAUUCUUGUUUUAACUAAGACCAUAAACUUGGUAUUAGGCGAAGGAAACACAAAAAAAUGCCGUUUAUAAAAAAAAAUCUAAA